CCGGAAGUUGUUGCUUGCUAUAGGUCACUCUAGCUUCAGCUCUGUCGCUCUAUAUUCGUCACCGCGAGGAAGACGGACCUGGCUACCCAGUCCACAGGCCCAUUAGUGGGGAUGCAGUUAUGGGCGCUGUCGCCGUGGAUGAAGAUUUGAUGUGAAGCUAGAUUUGUCAUAGCCUUCCAGACUGGUUUUGGCAGUAAUGCAUGUAUAAUAUUGUUAUUUUGUAUCAGUAAGUAAUCCAUAAAGUGCCACCAUGGGAAAGAAACGGACAAAGGGAAAAACUGUUCCAAUUGAUGAUUCCUCUGAAUCUUUAGAGCCUAUGUGCAGACACAUUAGAAAAGGAUUGGAACAAGGUAAUUUGAAAAAGGCUUUAGUGAAUGUGGAAUGGAACAUUUGCCAAGACUGUAAGACAGACAAUAAAGUAAAAGAUAAAUCUGAAGAAGAAACAGAAGAAAACCCUUCAGUUUGGCUAUGUCUUAAAUGUGGCCAUCAGGGUUGUGGCAGAAAUUCUCAGGAGCAGCAUGCCUUGAAGCACUACAUGACGCCAAGAUCUGAACCUCACUGCCUGGUUCUUAGUUUGGACAACUGGAGUGUCUGGUGUUACUUAUGUGAUGGUGAGGUCCAGUAUUGUAGUUCAAGUCGAUUGGGUCAAGUGGUUGAUUACGUUAGAAAGCAAGCCAGUGUUACAACUCCCAAACCAGCAGAUAAAGAUAAUGGUAACAUUGAACUUGAAAAUAAAAAAUCAGAAAAAGAGAGUAAAAAUGAGCAAGAGAGAGAAAAAAAGGAAAACAUGGCUAAAGAAAAUCCUCCUGGGAAUUCUGCUUCCCAAAUAAGUGUGAAAGGACUCAGCAAUUUGGGAAAUACAUGUUUCUUCAAUGCAGUUAUGCAGAAUUUGUCACAAACACCAGUGCUUAGAGAACUACUAAAAGAAGUGAAAAUGUCUGGAACAAUCGUAAAAAUUGAACCACCUGAUUUGGCACUAACAGAACCCUUAGAAAUAAACCUUGAGCCUCCAGGCCCUCUUACUUUAGCCUUGAGCCAAUUUCUGAAUGAGAUGCAAGAGACCAAAAAGGGAAUUGUGACACCUAAAGAACUCUUUUCUCAGGUCUGUAAAAAAGCAGUGCGGUUUAAAGGCUAUCAGCAGCAAGACAGCCAGGAGCUGCUUCGCUAUUUACUGGAUGGGAUGAGAGCAGAAGAACACCAAAGAGUGAGUAAAGGAAUUCUUAAAGCAUUUGGUAAUUCUACUGAAAAAUUGGAUGAAGAACUAAAAAAUAAAGUUAAAGAUUAUGAAAAGAAAAAAUCAGUACCAAGUUUUGUGGACCGCAUCUUUGGUGGUGAACUAACUAGUACAAUCAUGUGUGAUGAAUGCAGAACUGUCUCCUUGGUUCAUGAAUCUUUCCUUGACUUGUCUCUCCCAGUUUUAGAUGAUCAGAGUGGUAAGAAAAGUAUAAAUGACAAAAAUCUGAAAAAGACAAUGGAAGAUGUAGAUAAAGACAGCGAAGAAGAAAAAGAUAAUGACAGUUACAUAAAAGAGAGAAAUGAUAUGCCUUCUGGAACAAGUAAGCACUUACAGAAAAAGGCAAAGAAGCAAGCCAAAAAGCAAGCCAAGAACCAACGAAGACAACAAAAAAUUCAAGGAAAAGUUCUUCAUUUAAAAGAUAUCUGUACUAGUGACCAUCCUGAAGAUAAUGAAUGUGAGGCUGAAAUGUCACUUCAGGGAGAAGUGGAUAUUAAAUCCAACCACAUUUCUCAAGAGGAAGUUACCCAUAAAGAAUAUUAUAUUAACCAGAAAGAUUUGAAUGGCCAAGAAAAAAUGAUAGAAAGCAUAACUGACAAUCAGAAAUGCACAGAGGAAGUAGAUAUGAAAAAUGUCAACGUGGAUAAUGAUCUUGAGGUUUUGCCAUCUUCUCCCACUGAAUGUUCUAGGAAUUUAAAUGGUGCCUACCUGAAGGAAGGAAGCAAUGGAGAAGUGGACAUUUCUAGUGGUUUCCAAAACCUUAACUUGAAUGCUGUUCUUCAUCCCGAUGAAAUAAAUAUAGAGAUUGUGAAUGACAGUCAUUCUCCUGGGACAAAGGUAUAUGAAGUUGUAAAUGAAGAUCCAGAAACUGCUUUCUCUACUCUUGCCAACAGAGAAGCUUUCAAUACGGAUGACUAUUCAAUUCAGCAUUGUUUGUAUCAGUUUACCCGUAAUGAGAAACUGCGAGAUGCGAAUAAACUGCUUUGUGAAGUGUGCACAGGGAGACAGUAUAAUGGACCAAAGGCAAAUAUGAAAGGUGAAAGGAAGCAUGUUUACACCAAUGCUAAAAAGCAGAUGCUAAUCUCCCUUGCUCCUCCUGUUCUCACUCUUCAUUUAAAGAGAUUUCAGCAGGCUGGUUUUAACCUACGCAAAGUUAACAAACAUAUUAAGUUUCCAGAAAUCUUAGAUUUGGCUCCUUUUUGUACCCUUAAAUGUAAGAAUGUUGCAGAAGAAAAUACAAGAGUUAUGUAUUCUUUAUAUGGAGUUGUUGAACACAGUGGUACUAUGAGGUCAGGGCACUACACUGCUUAUGCCAAGGCAAGGACAGCAAACAGUCAUCUUUCUAAUCUUGUUCUUCAUGGAGAUGUUCCACAAGAUUUUGAAAUGGAAUCAACCAAAGGGCAGUGGUUUCACAUCAGUGAUACUCAUGUGCAAGCUGUGCCUGCAACUAAAGUACUCAACUCCCAAGCGUACCUCCUAUUUUAUGAGAGAAUACUGUAACAAUAUCAAAAAGUACUUUCUCUGGAAACACAGUAUGGCUUUUAUAAUGGCUGCAAUAACAAUAAAAAAGUAAAGACUAUAAAUCAUGUUCACUUACCAUUAAAUACAUGCCAGAAGAAAUUAUGUUUAUUUAACUAUCAAAGGGGAAAAAAAAACCCUAAAAAUUUACAAAAUGGUUUUGUAUUGUCAUAGUGGUUUUUAUUCCUGCUUCCAGUUUCUGGAAGGGAAAGUUGAUUUACUUAAGUCUUUUGUGCUUAGUUAUGUUUGGGUGGUGGGUCACAAUGCAUCAAUAAACUGACUUACCC